UGUGUUUUAAUUAACUUUCGUUGUGGAUAUAACCCAAUAAAGGAAGAAGAAGAAGAAGUGUUUUAAUUAAAAAGUUAAAUAAUCAGAGUAAAUUUUGAUAUAACAAUCGGUUUUAUCAAGUCUAAAACCUUAAAAUCGUCUUCAGCUGAUAAACUGUGAUAAAUAUCUGUAGUUUAGUCGUAAAUAAGUUUUCGUUAUAGAGUGCUGAAUAAUUUCAUUUAUUUAUUUUCUGUUUAAACAUACGGUAUGUCUUACGAAGACGAUCAAGUAGAAGAAAAACCCUUUGCGAUAGAAAGGGCUAAACAAGGCCGUGCUGUCUGUAAAAAAUGCAAAAAACAUUGUCUACAAGGCGAAUGGAGAAUCGCAAAGUUAGUAGCCAACCCUUUUGGAGAUGGAAAAAUGAAAGCUUGGCAUCAUAUCAACUGUCUGUUCGAACAAUUUUUAAAGCAGCGAAAAACAACCAAACGUAUCGAAGGCCCAGAAGAAAUCGACGGAUGGGAUGCCUUAGAUCAAGAUUUGCAAAAUAAUAUCCUCAAGCAGAUUGAAGAAUGUGAUACGUUUCAUGGUAAAGCACCAACAACUCCUAGCAAAAAGAAAAAACCUCCAGCUUCUCCUAUGAAACCAUCUACUGCGGAUUCAAAUAAAGAAAAAGAUAAACAUGUUAAGAAUGAGGUAGUAAGUGAUAAAAACGAGUUAUUUAAGGAUUUUAGGAAGUUGAUAGCUGAUAUCGCAAACCAUGAUAGUCAUCUAGAUAAAACAAGCUGCAUAAAAAAAGUAUUUUCUGAGAAAUUUCCUGAUUCUUCAUUUAAAGAUCAAAUUAUACUUUGGAGCAGAUUAUUAUUACCCGGAGUGGUGCAACGAGUAUAUAAUUUAAAAAGCAAACAGCUCAUUAAGCUAUUUAGUAGGAUUUUCGUAACAGACCAAAGUGAGAUGUUAGAACAUCUGGAAUUAGGCGAUAUUGGUGAAACUAUUCAUAAAUUUUUCGAAGAAAGUACUAAAGUCAAACCAAACAAAAAAAGUAAGCUAACAGUUAAAGAAGUUGAUGUGUUUUUAAAUAAGUUAUCUACUCUUACCAAAGAAGAUGAUCAAAUAGAACAUUUUAAAUCUUUAAUUCCGAAAUGCACAUCAAAUGAUCUUAAAACGAUCAUAAGAUUAAUCAAAGGCGACUUAAGAAUGGGCGCUGGUGCUAAAACCGUUUUAGAUGCUGUUCAUGCCGACGCUUACCAGUCCUACCAAACUUCGAGAGAUUUGACUCUUGUUAUAAAUGAAUUCAUGUCUAGUGGUAAAAAACACAAAGCCGAUGUCGUGCUGAUGACGCCUGUUUUACCAAUGCUUGCAGAAGCUUGUAAAUCUGUAGAACAAGCUAUAAACAAGUGCCCCAAUGGAAUGUACUCGGAGAUUAAGUAUGAUGGGGAAAGAGUUCAGGUCCACAAACAAGGAUCAACGUUCAAGUACUUUUCUAGAUCACUGAAACCUGUUUUAGCUCACAAAAUCGCCCAUUUCAAAGAAUAUAUUCCUAAAGCAUUUCCAAACGCCAAUGAUUUAAUUUUAGACAGUGAGAUACUGAUGAUGGACACUGUGACUGGUAAUCCUCUACCAUUUGGAACGUUGGGAGUACACAAACAGACUGAAUUCAAAGAUGCUACAGUGUGCCUGUUUGUCUUUGAUUGCAUUUAUUUUAACGGAAGAAGUUUAAUCAAAAAGCCACUUAGUGAGAGGAAAAAAUUUUUACAGGACAAUAUGACUGAAAUACCAAAUCGUAUUAUGUUUUCUGAAAUGCAGGAGAUCCGCAACAAGAGUGAGCUAGCAAAGAUGAUUGCUAGAGUGUUAAAACAAGGACUAGAGGGGUUGGUUUUGAAAGAUUUACAGAGCAUAUACGAACCAGGAAAAAGACACUGGCUAAAAGUCAAAAAAGACUAUUUAUUUGGAGGUGCAAUGGCUGAUAGUGCGGAUUUAAUAGUAUUAGGAGCUUGGUAUGGUACAGGAAAGAAAGGAGGUAUGAUGUCUGUAUUUCUAAUGGGCUGUUAUAAUCCCGAUACUGAUAGCUAUUGUACUGUAACAAAAGUUCAUACAGGUCACGACGAUAAAACCUUAGAAAAAUUACAAAAUGAGUUAGAUAUGAUUAAGAUAAGUCAGGACCAGUCGAAACUUCCUAAAUGGUUAAAAUGUACAAAAACGAUGAUUCCAGAUUUCGUAGCUAGAGAUCCCAAGAAGCAACCUGUUUGGGAAAUCACUGGAGCUGAAUUUUCGAAAAAUGUUGUUCAUACAGCGAAUGGCAUUUCAAUCCGUUUUCCUAGGGUAACGAAAAUACGAGAUGACAAGGAUGUUCAGACUGCGACCGAUUUACAUGAACUUGUCAAGUUGUAUAAUGCUUCUGCGGAAAACAUAGAUGUCAGCUUAUUGACCAAGGAUUUGGAUAGUUCUCAAAAUGACAAACCUGCCAAAUCACCACAAAAGAGAAAAAAUACAGACAGUCCUGAAACAAGUCCUAGUAAAAAGCAAAAGACUAUUGAAAAGAAAGAGAAAAGUAGCAAACAAGAAAAAAUUCCAAAGCAAGAAAGCAGUUCUGCAAAGAAAGCUAAUAAAAGUAAAACUGCCAUUUUCAAGGGAGUAAAAGCACUUUUAGAAGACGAAAUGAAGAAAGAUGAUCAUGCUGACAUUGUUAAACAUUUCAUUGAUCACGGAGGAGACAUUCUAUUAGAUGAAGAAGAAGAGGUAGCAACACACGUUUUACAUUAUUACAACCUCAUCAGAGAACCUUUGGUGGUAUGCCCGUACACUGCAAGACAUGUAACCUUUGAAUGGAUUGAAGAUUCAAUAUCGGCGGGAUCUUUGUGUGACUAUCGCAUGUACACAGUGAGAUGGAACCCAGAUGGAUGAAAAUCUGGUUUAUCAUAGGACCUAUUCAAGUUUUGUUAAUACAGUAGAUCUGUUGUAUUUAUUUGAAUCCAGGGCAUCAUACAGUUCUAGGCAAAAUUCCCCUCCCCCUUGUAUCUUUUCAAAGGUUAUGCGUAUAAUAGUGAAAUUUGGAGGCAGGCAAUAAACGGAUGUACUGGCUCCAGUACACGUUGGGCCAACUAGUUGGCCAAUGAGUUGGGCCAAUAAGUUGGGCUAAAUAAGAACAGUGAAUACAUGGUGAUUACACGUUGGUGGAGUUAUCAGUCUGCAUUAACCUUUCUUAGUGAAUAAACAAAAAACAAACUCUGAUUAAGGAUAUGGAUGUGUAGACUGUAGCAGCUGCCGCAAUUAAUUUGUACAAUGCGUUCAAUGCUUAUAGAAAAGUGUACCAAACAAGAGUGAUUAAAAAACAAUGGCGCAAACGACGGUGCUUUUACACCGAAAAAAGUAUUCAUAUUAAAACAAAACCUUAAAAUUAAUACUUAUAAACAGUAUCAGUAUUGUGAGAAGAGAAAACAAAUAUUUUAAACUCAACGACAACAACGUGUUCAGUGUUCAUAACCAAACAGCUGUUUGGCAGAUCACGCAAGUCCCAAAAAUCCUUUGAUUUGUGCACCAAAUACCGACAAGAUUCGGUUUGUAGACCAACGCUAACCGCCAAUCGCAAACUCAUGCCAAGUGGUCCUGUACACGUUGGCCCAACGUGUACUAGCCCCAUAAGCUUCUCAAAUAGUCAUAGCAGGUGACGUAAUAGUGACAGAUGACUUUACAGAGCCACUUGCCGAUAAUUUUACAUGGAACCUUACGGUAAGUGAUGUUUCGUUUGAAAGGUAUUGAAAAUACGUAUUCAAUCAUACUAAUUUUGUUUGGGUCAGGUUGAUUUUGAUGAAUAAAUUAAAUUAAUAUAAAAUUGUAGUUUCGCAUUGAUGUAAUUAAUAAAUAUUCAAAGGUUCGCCUAUGCUUAUUUGUCAAAAAAGUUUAGGUACGUUUUUCAAUUUCCUAUUUGUUUUUAUUUCAAUGCCAACUUUUUUUGACAAAUAACCAUAGGCGGACGUUGGAAUCUUAAUUAAUCAAAUGCUAAACUACAAUUUUAUCUAUUUAAUUUAUUCAUCAAAAUCAACUUAAACCAGUGAUACUCAACCCGCGGCCCGCGGGCCGCAUGCGGCCCUCUGGCGUUUUUCAUGCGGCCCGAAGGCUCACUAAAGGGCCCCGUAAACUAUCGAAUUAUUUGAUGGUGUGCCGAUGUGUUUAAGGCGUGUUUGUGAGUGAGGCAGACAAUUUGAUGACUUUAAUUGGGAAAUUAUAUUGAAAUUUUUAAGAACUCUGAGAUUAAAGAGCAGGUAUUAUUAACUUUUGAUAAUAAAUAAUUAUUAAAGUUAAAGUUAAAACGAAUACUCAUUUAAAAAAUAUUCAACGCUUAUUUACUGCAUUGGAACGACCCAUUUAGUAAUCACAAGAAAAACCCAAUUCCGGAUUAACAAAAAAUAUAAAGUCAUUGUAACCUUGAAACCCUGUUUAAUAAAAUUUUCAAGAUUUGUUUACACAUUUGAAAACAGCACAAAAAACUGAGUUUACAGGUUCACUUAAAUUUUGUGCUCAGAAAAUUUAAUGACUUUAAUUUUGGCAUUAAAUAUACUGAAACUCUAAGGCAAGCCGCACGCUAACGAAACAUGAAACGUAAAACAUGAAACAUGAAACGUAAAACACGUGUCAUGAAAAUAAAACACGGCUAAACAAAUCUUGAAGUCCGCCUACCAAUGAAACGAGUGUGAUUUAUGCUCAUAAAACAUUUUUAUUUUCGGAGAGUUUCAUAAAUGGCCGGACGUUUAUUUAUUUAGCAGUGUUUUAUUUCCAUGAAACGUGAUUUACCUUUCAUGUUUCUUUGAUGUGCGGCCUGCCUAAGAGUAAAAAGCAGGUUUUUAAAGCACUUGGAAUAAUAAAUUAUUAAAGUUAAUGAAUACAUACUCAUUUUAAAAAUAAUCCAUACUUAUUUAUUAUAUUGGAACAACCCACUUACUUAUCAUUAGAAAAACCCAGGCUCGGAUUAACAAAAAAAAAUAAAAAAUAAUUAUGACCUUGAAAUAACACCCUGCAUAUGAAAAUUUUAAAAAACCGUUUGCACAUUUGGGAGUACCACAAAAAACUAAGUUUUAUUGCCAGCUUCAAUUUUUUGUGCAGACAAUUUAAGGACAUUAAUUUCGAAAUAAUUACGUAUUUAUAUCGAAAUUUUUGUUAUAAGUUCUUAAAAGUUUCGACAUACAUAAUUUCAAAAUUAAUUGAAGUCAUUAAAUUGUCUACGCAAAAAAUGAAGGUGAACUAUUAAACUUAGUUUUUGUGCUCUUUUCAGAUGUGCAAACGAGUUUUGAAAAUUUCAGUAUACAGGGUGUUGUUUCAAGAUCACAAUCACUUUAUAUUUUUUUGUUAACCUGGACCUGGAUUUUUGUUGUGAUUAGUAGUAAGUGGGUCAUUCAAAUGUAGUAACUAAGUACAAUUAAUUAUUGUUAAAAUCAGAAUUUAUUCAUUAAAUUCAAUAAUUUAUUAUUAAAAGUGCUUUAAAAACCUGGUUUUUAAUCUCAAAGUUCUUAAAAUUUUCAACAUAUUUCAUUUCAAAAUUAAAAAGAUUAAAUUUUCUGCACAAAAAUUAAAGCAAACCUAUAAACUCAGUUUUUGUGCUCUUUUCAAAUAUGCAAACGGGUUUAGAAAAUUUCAAUAUACAGGAUGUUAUAUCAAAGUCAAAAUGAAUUUAAGUGUAAUUUUUUUAAUCCGGACCUGGAUUUUUCCUCCGAUUAGUAGUUGGGUGGUUUGGCUUCUAAAUAUGACAUAUGUGGACCAUAUAUCAAAAAAAUAUACAACGUGGUUAUAAAGUAUGGGUCCAGAAAUAAAUGGGCAAAUUUGAUAAAACCACCCUGUAACUCGGUUAUAAAAAUCGAUGGGGCAAUAAAUGUAGAAUAUCUAGCACCGUCUCAGUGACCUCUAUUCGCCAUUUAAGUAUUUCCGUUUCCCAAUGAAACACCCUGUAUACUACUUCAUCCAUGCGGCCCGCAAGGUGUGGCAGUAGCUAGUAUGUGGCUCAGGAGAAAAAAAGAUUGAGUAUCGCUGACUUAAACCCAAACAAAAUUAGUAUGAUUGAAUAGGUAUUUUCAAUACAAUUCUAACGAUCACUUUUAAAAGUAUCGGUCAAAGUGGCUCUGUAACGUCAUCUGUCACUAUUACGUCACCUGUUAUGACUGUUUGAGAAGCCUACGUCUUUUUAUUUCCUCCCUUUAAAUUUCACUAUACUUUACUUCACGUUAAGAAUAGAACGUUACGCUUACGGAGACCAGUGUUGCCAAACCUCUCGCGCACAGGUGGAAACUCGACCGCCGAUAUACGAUUCAUUUUAAUCAGUACGGCGUGACAUCGGCGCGCUUCUAUCGUUCACAAGAAAUGCAUGGAGCUAUCUUCGCAAUGUUCUAUUCUUAACGUGGAAUAAAGUAUAGUAUAAGUACUUACAACCAUGAUACUAUAAAUAACAAGAUAGUAUCUUCCCAUAGCGCAAAUACGUCCGAGUUCGCGCAUCACAUAACGUAACUGGAGACCGGAAUUUGAAUUGUUGUUGUUAGCUUAUAGUCCAGGCUGUAUCGUCGCCCCAGUUAGGUAAAAUAUUCCGAUUCGAUUUUGUUGCACAGGUGCCGCGGUCGGAAAAUUGUUUAAACAAUUUUUUUAAAACAAAUUCAAGAAUAACUUUUUUCACUUCAAAAAAUCAAUUUUUUUACUUCGUAUAAUUUUUUUUUUGUUCUUUGGCUUAAUAACUCGGUUAAAAAUUAUUAUUAUGAAAGUCAAGAAGUGACGAAUCAAAGUUGAAAGCCCCGCCACAGGAUUCUGAAGAAAUUUUGUCAUUAUUUUAUUACUGAGCUGUUAUUUUUAAUUGUCAACCAAGAGCGCGAAGUGAGGCGGCCGUCAAUGUGAGUGCAAGUGAGAUGCACCAUUAGACGGCCGGAAUGGUGCAUCUCUUUCGCACUCACUAUUGACGGCCGCCUAUAUGCAGUUAGCGCUCAUUGUUAAUACUUAAAAAUAACAGCUUAGUAAUAAAAUAAUGACAAAAAUUUCUUCAGGAUCUUGUAGGGUUGACUUUAAACUUUAAUUUGGUCACUUUCUAACUUUCAUAGUUAUAAUUUUUAACUGAGUUAUUAAGCCAUGAAAAUGGCGAUUUUCGCGUUUUUGAAAUGUUAAAUCGCGUAUAACUCGACAAAAAUAAAUUUUAGAGAAAAGUCACAAGAAACCUUUUUUGCUUAUAAUGACCCAAAAAAUCUAAGAAAAUUGAACGAAUUGAAAAAAUUAUUUUUUUAUAUAAUUAAAAAAUUUUCCGACCGCGGCACCUCCAGGGAUCCUGUGGAUUUGUUGUAAGGAACUCUUUUUUAGUAAGUUUGUGCAAAAAAAAUCGAAUCUGAAUAAUUUACCUAACGGGGGCGACCAUACAGCCUGGAUUAUACAACCGCGAGCAAUUCAAAUUAAUCGGAAAUCAUUCGGUCAUUACGAACCAUUACGAACUUGGGUCUCCAGUUACGUCACGACUCUUCGAGAUGCGCAAUAUACGGUAUUAUCUUGUUAUUUAUAGUAUCAUGCUUCUUCUUCUUCAGGUUCCUUCCCCUAUCGGAGGUUGGAAAUCAUCAUCGCUAUUUUAAUUAUAUUGGCCGCACUUCUGAAUAAUUCUAAUGAGCUGCAACCAAACCACUCUCUCAAAUUUCUUAGCCAGUAUCAUGCUUACAACCUUUCAAAAGCUGCGAAGGACGGAGGGAAUUUUUGGCUAUCACUGUAUAUUAGAAAGUACUUUGAAAAAUUUCCAUCAUAUUUUUGUAUUCUUCUGAAAACGUCAGUAUUAUCAGUAACUAUUUACAUAUAUUUAUAUUAUAUUUCAAAACUUCUUUGGCAUUUAGUAUACGCUGUCCUGAAUUGCUGUAUGUAACAACUCAGUAGUUUGAUUUUACUUUUUAUGAGGAAGUAAUUUGUAUCGAUACUCUGGGUUAAUUAGCAAAUUACAAGGAAAAGUUAUUUACCAGCAAUUUUAUUGCUGGAAUCGAAUCUUAUGAUUGUAUGUAUUAAUAAUAUAGGUAUGCAAAGUCCGCAGAGAGUGUGCUACUUUUUUUAUAAACAAAAUGGCGCCCGAAAAUCGUGCUUUUUCAAUUUUUGCUCUAUAACUCCAAAGAUUUUAACUUUACACCAAAAACACCCAAAUAAAAAUUCACCGUAAUUAAAUUCUGCGUAGAGAUGUGUUUGAAAAACUUGAAUUUUCAACUAAAAUUUUAGAUAAGUAAUUGUUUAUCAAUAAUUAAAUAACUUGGUAAUAUAAAAGCUCUUUUCGUAUAGAUUAUAAGUCCCGAAACCUAUAGAAAUUGAAUGAAAAUUUUAGCAACAAUUAAAUUGUUAAUUAAACAUUUACGGUCGCUAUAAUAACCACAAUAAUUUUGAUACAUAAGAAUAACUAUGAUUUUUGUUUAAAAAGACACUGUACAUAUCUAAUGUACUUUACAGAAUUGAAAUUGGACUAUUUAAGCGGCUUCAGGAAUAUUUUAAAAUCAUAAACAAUGUUUUGGCUUAUAAACAAAUAGACUAUCUCGGGAAAUAUUAAAUUAAAUUAAAUCAUGAAAACGGGAUUGGUAAAAAAGCGGCCGGAUGCUUCUUCUAAAAGAAAAAACGUUUAAUUGUGAAGUGGUUCCUGAGAUACAACCGUUCAAAGUUGACCGGCAUUUACGGCAAAGAUAUAAACAAUAGGAUCAUAAUUUUCAAAUCAUCAUCUCUUUAUUUUUGUCCUCUUUCUCCACACCAAUUUUCAUAUCUUUAAAAUACUCAUAACAUAUAUUAUUAUAAUAAAAACUAUCGAUAUUACGAAUUACGAGUGAAAAUUGCCAAAAAUAGCAAAAUUCCAAUCAAAAAUUAGGUUGGAGAAAAUGUAAUCUCAAAGUUCAAAAUCGGUAAAUGCAUUUUCAAAAUGCAUUUUCUCGGCUUCCCAUGGAGCAAUUUUCUUCAUUCUUUUUUUAUUCCCAAGUAACUCGAGUAGAGCCAUCUAACUAACGUAUUAUUAUAUGUCAAAGUUGCUUUUGUUUUGUUAUAAUAGAUUAAUUUAUUUAUAAGAAAAGAAAACUACAUAUUUUUCCAGUUGUAGACUUUUUUUAGAUAAACUUACUACACAAGUGUACCUUUUAACGUUAAAAACAUAAAUAUUCUCAUAUGAAAGCUGUAUAAUUAUUUAAACAAUCUUUAUUUAAACAAACUAAAAAUUUUUGGUUAUAAUAAAUAAAUAAAUUUAUUAUAACAAAACAAAAGCAACUUUGACAUUUAAUAAUUCGUUAGUUAGAUGGCUCUACUCGAGAUACUUGGGAACAAAAAAAGAAUGAAGAAAAUUGCUCCAUGGGAAGCCGAGAAAAUGCAGUUUUUUAACGUAUACCGACUUUGAACCUUGGGAUUACAUUUUCUCCAACUUAAUUUUUGAUUGGAAUUUUGCUAUUUUUGGCAAUUUUCACUCGUAAUUCGUAAUAUCGAUAGUUUUUAUUAUAAUAAUAUAUGUUAUGACUAUUUUAAAGAUAUGAAAAUUGGUGUGAAGAGAGAGGACCGAAAAGAAAAGGUGAUGGUUCGAAAAUUAUGAUCCUAUUGUUUAUAACUUUGCCGUAAAUGCUGGUCAACUUUGACCGUUUGUAUCUCAGGAACCAUUCAUCACAAUUAAACGUUUUUUCUUUUAAAAGAAGCGUCCCGCCGCUUUUUUUUCAAUACCGUUUUCAUAUUUUAUUUGUUUAUAAGCCAAAAAAUUGUUUACAAUUUUAAAAUAUUCCUGAGGCCGCUUAAAUAGUCCAAUUUCAAUUCUGUAAAGUACAUUAGAUAGGAACAAUAACUUUUUAUACAAAAAUUAUAGUUAUUCUUAUGUAUCGUAAUUAUUGUGGUUAUUAUAGCGACCGUAAAAUUUUAAUUAACAAUUCAAUUGUUGCUAAACUGUUUACUCAAUUUCCAUCGGCUUCUGGAAUUAUAAUCUAUAUAAAAUAGCUUUUAUAUUACCAAGUUAUUUAAUUACUGAUAAUCAAUUACUUAUCUAAAAUUUUAGUUGAAAAUUAAAGAUUUUGUUUAAAAAGGUUUGUUGGAUUGUUGAAGUAUAUUGGGAAAAAUACGUCUCUAUGCAGAAUUUAAUUACGGUGAAUUUUUAUUGGCGUGUUUUGGAUAUAAAGUUUUAAAUCUUUGAAGUUAUAAAGCAAAAAUUGAAAAAGACACGAUUUUCGGGUGCCAUUUUGUUUAUAAAAAAAAGUAGCAGCACACUAUCUGCGGACUUUGCAUACCUAUAUUAUUAAUAUGUACAAUCAUAAGAUUGGAUUCCAGCAAUAAAAUUGCAGGUAAAUAGCUUUCCCAAAAAUGGCCUGUAGUCCGAUAAUCUGCCCAGACUCCAGAUUGGAGGUAUCCAAUAAAAUAGAUUCGAGGUUUUAACAUAUAUUUAAUAUUUUAAAAGAAUAAAACAUGUUUACCAAAAUUUUAACCUUAAUUGUACUUUUAUAUUAUACAGGGUGUCCCGAAAAGACUGGUCAUAAAUUAUACCACAUAUUCUGGGGUUAAAAAUAGUUCGAUUGAACCUAACUUACCUUAGUACAAAUGUGCCCAUGAAAAAAGUUACAGCCCUUUGAAGUUACAAAAUGAAAAUCGAUUUUUUUCAAUAUAUCGAAAACUAUGAGAGAUUUUUUAUUGAAAAUGGACAUGUAUCAUUCAUAUGGCAGGAACAUCUUAAAACAAAAUUAUAGUGAAGAUUGUCCACCCCAUAAAAAAUUUAUGGGGGUUUUGUUCCCUUAAACCCCCCCAAACUUUUGUGUACGUUCAAAUUAAUUCAUUAUUGUGGCACCAUUAGUUAAACACAACGUUUUUAAAACUUUUUUGCCUCUUUGUAUUUUUUCGAUAAGCCAGUUUUUAUCGAGAUGCGGCUACUUUUUUAAUAUAUUUACAUAAAAAUUUUAUGGGGGUUUUGUUCCUUUAAACCCUCCCAAAUGCUUGUGUACGUUCCAAUUAAACUAUUAUUGUGGUAUCAUUAGUUAAACACAGUGUUUUUAAAACUUUUUUGCCUCUUAGUCUUUUUUCAUAAGUCACCUUUUAUCGAGAUGUGGCUUCUUUUUCAAAAUAUACCUAAAAAUGUAAAUUAUAAAUAAAUUUUCAGAUUAUUAACAGGUAUCUAUAAUCGUACUUAACCAUAUACAAAUAUGUGGUGUAUUCGACAAAUAUUCAAAAUAUGUCGAUAAAUACUGGCUUAUCGAAAAAGUACUAAGAGGCAAAGAAGUUUUAAAAACAUUGUGUUUAACUAAUGGUGCCACAAUAAUAAUUUAAUUGUAACGUACACAUAAGUUUGGGGGGGUUUAAAGGAACAAUACCCCCAUAAAAUUUUUAUGGGGUGCACAAAUUUCACUUUAAUUUUUUUUUAAGAUUUGGCUGCUAUAAGAAUGCUAAGAGUUUUCGAUAUAUGAAAAAAAAUCGAUUUUCAUUUUGUAACUUCAAAGGGCUGUAACUUUUUUGUGUGCACUAUUGUAUAUAGGUAAGUCAGGUUUAAUCAACCUAUUUUUGACCCCAGAAUCUGUGGUAUAAUUUAUGACCAAUCUUUUCGGGACACCCUGUAUAUACGUGCAUACUGUUGUAAAUAAUAUAUUGUUACAAAUUGUUACAAAAAAUAUACCUAUUUAUUACAAGAUCGAAU